AUGGAACUAUAAGAUAUUUAAAAUAUACUUAUAACAAAUAUCACAGCUAAAAAUGGAAAUUCUAUGUAAAAUACAAUUGACUAUAAUAAUUUUUUGUAUGGAAGUAUUGUACUUGCAAAUAAUUUUAAUUCAAUCUAGUUACAAAACUCAACAUUUUAUAAUAUUUAACUUAACAAUUAAGGAAUCUUAAAUCUUAUUCCUGGAUAAUAAUCUGAUGUAUAUCUAAAUUAUUUGAAAAUGGAAAGUCUUUAUAUAAUUUUACCUAUUGAAUUACAAAAGAGCAAUUUAGUUUAAUCUGAGAAAAUAACACUAAAUGGUGGAAUAUUCUAAAUGAAUGUUUCUUUUGCUUAAUAAAUUUAAAUUUAUAUUGAUAAUUUAUCCUUACAAAAUUUUAUAUCAUCUGAAUACUUUGUGGUAUAGUGGAUAUACCUUGUGAAUGAUGCAAAUAAGAAUUUAUUCUUUAAAAUGAGUAAUAGUAUUGCUGAUAAAAUUGAAGGAAAUUUAUUUUAUUAUCAAAGUUACUAUCAAGUAGGACAAAUCGAAAUGACAAAUUCUGAGAUACAGUUUAAUAAUAUUACUGUCCAAAAUUGUAAUUACAUUAGCUUAGAUGGUUCUAUUUUCAAAAAUAAUAAAGGAUUUGAUGGAGGAAUUAUAAAUAUAAACUCAUAAAUAUAAAUUAAAGAAGUAUCAAAUAGAAAUUUGGGUGAUAUGUCUUAAAAUUUAGGUGAAUUUUCAGCUUAAGAUCAACAAUUUUUCAGAAAAUUAAAACUAAUUUAAUCAAACUAUAUUUUUAAUUCCAUAUUCGAUAAUAACUUUUCACAAAAGAACGGGGGAGCAUUAAAUAUUUUAAAUUCAGAUAUUUAAUUAUCAAAUAAUACUUUUAGUUUAAAUUAUGCCUCCGAAAAUGGGGGCUCGAUAUUUUAUUAUAGCAAUAGCAGCCUUGGUAAAAAUUACACAUUGAUAGUAUCAAAAUAAACUUAAUUUGUAAGCAAUUAUGCAUAAAAAGGGAGUGCUAUAAGAUCUAUUGGCUUAAUUUAAUAUAGUAAUGACACCGUAUUUAAAAAUAAUACUUCUUAAUAUCAAGAUUAUAACCCUGUAUUAACUUAUUGUAUUGAAGGAGAAUAUAUUGGUAAUUAUAAUUAUUGUGAAAAUUGUCCUUCAGGAACUUACUCUUUGAUAAAUAAUGCAAAAAGUUGUCUUAGUUGUCCUUCUUUUUGUAAAUGUCCUGGAGGCUCCACAAUUGAAGUGUAAGAAGGCUAUUGGAGGCCAAAUAUUUACAGUGAUUAAAUAACUGAAUGUUAGUUAGAUUAAUCUGUUUGUCUUGGUGGAUCAACGAAUUUUACGUGUUAACAAGGAUAUACUGGAGCAUUGUGUAAAAGCUGCGAUAUACAUGGUAUACAUACAAAUGGUACACCAUAUUCUAGUUAAAUAGGUUAAUUUGAUAAGUGCACUCCUUGUGUUUCUUUAGUUUCUAUAGUCUUAUAAAUAAUCUUUCUCUUUAUUGUAUCUUUCAUUACUAUGAUAGUAAGUGUAACAGGUACAGUAAAGCUCUCAAAUACACUACUCUUGCAAAAGAAUUUAGGAAGGUUUUUUCUAGAUUUUUCAUAAGGCUAAACAAUAUAUCCAACAUAUAUUCUAAAAAUAUUUACCCAUUACAUAUAAAUAGUGGGAAUCUUUUUUUCUAAUUAGUUUAAUCUUAUAUCUUAGAUGAUAAAUAUUCAGAGCUUGAUAGGUAACUCUACUAAAAUGUUUUCUUAUUAAAUUGACUGCUUGUUGGUGCUUUUUGAAGUUUCUUAUCCUUUAAUUUACUUAAGGAUAAUUGCUCUGUUUACUUAUACAGCAUUACUAUCAAUUGUUUUUACCCUUAUAUUCUCAAUUUUAUUAAAAUUAAAAGUUUAUACUUCAAGAAUAUCAGUUAUUUAUUUAAAUAGCUUAAUAUUUAUUUACAUUUAUUUUCAGCCUGUAGCUACUUAGCAGUUAUCUUCUAUUAUAAGUUGCUAAUAAAUUUCUGGUGAGUCAUAUAUAAGUGCUGAUUUACAAUAUGAGUGCAAUGAUGAAAACUAUAAUUAAAUAGUCUAUCCUUAUAUUUACCCAAUCUUUAUUUUAUUGAACGUGAUAAUUCCAGCCUUUUUUAUAAUCAAACUAUAUUUUUCCUACAAAAAUAAACUUUUAGAUACUCAUUAUUAUCGCUCAGUUUUAGGUUACUUAUAUAAUGAGUAUAGAUAAAAUAUGUUUUACUGGGAACUCAUUAAGGUUUUUGAAAAGAUCGCCUUAAUUACUAUUAACCAAAUAUAUUUAAAUAAUAUUUAGACAAAAGGCUUUCUAUCAUUUAUGAUUAUAUCGUUUUAUAGUUUUUUAUCCAGCAGAAUGUAACCUUACAAUCAUCUUAGCUUAAAUAAAUUAAACUCUAUAUCUACUAGCAUUUCAGGAAUUACAAUAAUAUUCAUAUUGUUUUUAACUACCAACUAAAGCAGCUUCUUUAACUUUAUUGGAAUUGCAAUUCUGUGCAUCAUUAAUAUGUAUUUCAUCUUAUAAGUAUUAAGACUGCUUGUAUAUUAAUAUACAAGACUAUUUAUGAGACAUUUGGAUGCAUUAAAAGCUUACUUAAUUAAAAAAUUUCCAUCAUUAAAAAAAUACUUUAAAAUGAGAAUUGAUAGGCACCGAAAAACAUUAGCAUACUGGAAAAUAUUCAGAAAACAUGUUUAGAAUUAUAUCAAAAUAGUAAAAGGUGCAAAGUAAAUUAAUGUGGAUAAAAAUUACAUAGACAGAGAAAUCAGAGACCGCUUGAAAAAUUAUUUGUUAAACCCAUAUUAGAGGUAAAAUACUCUAAAUAGAUGUAUAAGAUCUUAGGUUUUUGAAGAGGAAGAAAUUUUACCUGCAAUUUAAGUAGCUGGCCUAUAAAAAUUAGCUGAUAAUAAUCUAAAUAUUUAAAUACCAAAUUUACCUAAAAAAAGUUUAAAUAGGACUUCAAUUGUUUUCUAAAUAAAGGAUGGUGCUAGUAAAUUAAAUAAUUUAGAAUAAUCUCAUAUUAGUGCUGUUGAAGAAGAAAAUUCAAAAUAAACAGUAGAUUCUCAUAUUUCUAGUGAAUAAUCCUAAAAAAUUCCAUAAAAGAAAGAAUGUGAAAAAUAUUCAAUAUCCCCUGAUAUGUCUUAAUUAAAUAAUAGCGAUUUAAUUGCCGAAUCAUGCAACUACGUGAAAAAGAAUGCAAAUAGGGCUUCUACAAAAAAUUAUGAUUUAGAAGAAUAAAUGGAAGAAUAAAACGAUUCUCACAAUAUAAACUUAAGUUGCUGUCUAAACUAAAUUAAUAUUUCUAAAUUUAAUAGUUAUUUUUAUUAAGAAUGA